AUGGCAUCGGUUUUCACAUAUGAUCCUGACCCUCCACGGGUGUCGUCCCCCUGGUCGACCCCUGGCUGCACGACACCACGACGGGUUCUUUCAGGGAAUCGAGGAGCGCCAUGCCAGGAAGAGCCUCUACUUACGUUCGAUCCAGACGACCCAAAUUUCCUAGCAGAUAAUGGAAUUACAAAAUUAGAUGCGGAGCCGCAGGAUGGACCGACAGAAUAUAAACUUCACCUGCUCCUACGUUCACGGCGUUCCUUUCUGUCUCUGUCCACAGGAAACCUAACAUCAGGCUCCUCUCACUCCAAACCGAGUCCAGUUGGUCCUGAAUCACCACCAGUUUCUUCGGAACCAGUAACUAGACCGGCACAGGCACUAUCUAGCCAAUCGCGAGAACACAGGCUCCAGCAAUUGACUACUCAGCUUCUCUGGCGUCUACAGCAGUCCUCCCCUUUCCAUUCAUCUUCUACUCUUGGAUUGGUUCUUCCGGUUCUACCAGAGGCUACCCCAACCCUUGGUGUACCCAGUAAGCCUGCUCGACUUCUCCCUGGCCUUGAGGAAUCCCAGGGAGCUUUGUACGAGAUUGGAGUCUCAGAUGAUGGCACAUUUGUUGGCCUUGCGGAAGAUGAAUUAGAGGAGAGUCUCACGAAUCUUAAAGCGAUGGCUGCGAGUUUGGGUUGUACCGUUGAAGUCCUAAGGAAGGUGGCCGUUGGACAUUGCAAGUGGAACGAGAAUGCGGACGACGACAGUAAACCGGUUGUACUUCGUUCUGGAAAGCUCUGGGUCGCAGAGGCGCUUGUAAGCCCCGAUUUCAAACAGAGUGAUCAACUCUCUCCAGGAGAUGAAAAACGUGGAUCUUUGGAUUCGAAAGUGCGUGUGGCGCCAUCGGCUAGCACUGAAGAUGGGGCCAUCUUUUCAACACCACAACUUCACAUUGCCAUGGCUGGGCCAUCGGCUGCUGGGAAGUCUUCUCUUUUGGGUUCUCUGUCUACUUCCGCUCUUGAUAAUGGCAGGGGGAAGAGUCGGCUUAGCCUUCUAAAACAUCGACAUGAAAUUGCUUCUGGAAUCACGAGCUCAGUCGCACAAGAGUUAAUAGGCUAUUCCCCCGCUAAUACUAAAGGGGCCGAACCUACUCCUGAUGUGGUAAAUUAUGCAUCUGGCAAUGUGACUGCUUGGAACGAUAUUCAUGCAUCUGCCCAGGGGGGCCGGCUUGUUUUUCUCUCUGAUCUACCUGGGUCAACAAGGUACCUCAAGUCGACGUUACGGGGAUUGGUCGGCUGGGAGCCUCAUUACGUGCUGCUCUGUAUUUCAGCCAAUAGCCCGUUAGAUUCUUCCAAGCUUGAUGUGCCUUCCGAACUUGAUCUUUCUCUCUCAUAUUUGGACUUGUGCAUGAAGCUAGAUCUCCCCGUCAUCAUCGUUGUGACAAAACUUGACAUAGCAACUCGUUCCGGCAUAAGACAAACACUUGUCCAAAUCCUAUCUACGAUCAAGCUCAUUGGGAGGAAGCCUGUUAUGCUGGCUGCUCCAACAGAGGCCUCUGAACAGGAGGUGAAUCUUCAACAGAUUCCACUCUCUGACCAGCAGGACGUAGACAAAAUAGUGGGUGCGGAGGGUUCUGACUGGUUGAGUAACGUUCCCAUCGUCAUCACAAGUUGCGUUACUGGAGCAGGUAUCGGGAAACUGCACGCAUUACUCCGCACCCUUCCAAUUCCCGCAAGGAGCUCUACGAGACCUAUACCAAUUAGUGGCAAGAAGACUGCACAAAAGACUGCGCAGCAUGAAGCUGUCAAGCUGUUUGAUAUUACCGAAGUAUUUGAAGUGCCGGCGUUGAAGGUUUAUUCUGUAGCUAGCGACAACAAGCGUCAGCAUGAUAGAGCUAUUAUAUUAUGUGGUCGCGUCCGCCGUGGCAAUAUCUCUAUCGGUGACCAGCUUGUUGUUGGACCACUUAUGAUGAACUCACGAACGGAUAUUGAUUCAUCUCACUUGGUUCCGCGAUCGAAGCCUCUCGUUAGCAGAUCACUUCCGGAGGAGCUUGCGACGUUUUAUUUACAAAACGGACAUGCAGGUAAUGAGCAUUCACAGACCCAACAAGCUCGCUGGCAGGUUGUUCGUGUCGUCAGUCUUCGAAAUCUUCGACUCCCAGUGACUACCAUACUGGAGCAUCAAAUUGGCACGAUCGGCGUAGACAGCGUCGAAACGACUUCAUGCUUAGGGAGCAUUCGAAAAGGCAUGGUACUUGCUGAUUUCCAUCCAAUUUCUUCCCAUCUUUCGAUUCCGAGCCCACUACUGGCGCCGGUCUUCCACACCGGGUUCGUUGCAAUAUUCCCAGCAUUGAACUUCACUUCAACGCUCUCUUCCUCCCUUAUAAUGGGAGGUAACGCCAUUGUUUAUAUUGCUAGUAUCAGGGCGGCUGCCAAAGUAACAUGCGUCGAAGCCAACAGAAAUUCACAAAGACAAUUCCUGACUGGGAAUGAGGAAAUAUUUUCCCUUGACGGGGGUACAUUUCCUGUUGACAAAGCAGCCCACCCUACCUCUCUCAAGCUAGUUGCUAACAACGGGCCUGAAAUGUUUAAUGGAUUUAACGAAUCGGGCGACGUAAGCAUCACAUUUUCCUUCGUCUCUACGGUGGAGUGGAUCGAACUGAAUUCCCGUGUGCUUGCUAUGCCUGGUACCGCGAUGGCAACAACGUCAUCGUCCGUGCCUGCCGCUCCUGGAUCACUCGCACUAAAAGGGUUUGUUGGACGUGUUUGCAAAGUUCUGAGCGACUGA